AUGCUCCUAUUUUCUAUUGUCUCUUUCUUUUUGUUCUGGACGCCGGUCUCGGCUCUACAAGUCACACCCAACUCUCCCUGUUCCCAGUUCUGCCUUGACCGGUCAGAUCCCAACUCCUACGAAACCCGUGGCAGCGAGAUUGUCUGCGACGAUGACGACUUCAAGAGGAAGGCAGCAGGCCAGAAGUUCCAAAGAUGUCUGGCUUGUUUGCAGGACAGUGCUUUCAAGCAGGGCGACGAAAGUGACCAAGAUUGGUUCUUGUACAACAUGCGUUACUCUUUUGACUACUGUAUCUUUGGCUACCCAAAUGCAACCGGCAUCAGUUCCGGCCCCUGUAUCACAUCUGAAGCUUGUGGCCCCAUCGGGAAUGCUCUGAAGAAAGGCAUUACGGAACCCAACGAUAGAGAACAGUAUGAUUACUGUGACACUGAUGACAAAGCGAUGCUCGGCGAUGCGGUUGAUAAAUGCCAGGCAUGUGUCAAGGCGGAUAGCUCCCAGACAAUCAUAUCGAAUUGUGAGCCGUUCCCUAACCCGGCUGCUUGA